AUGAAGGAGAAAAAAGGAAACCAAAUUUCAAAAAAAGCACCGCAUGAGGUAUCAAAAAGAAACGAACGAGAACGUAUUCGAGUUAGUACUGUUAAUCAGGCUUUCUUGGCAUUACAACGACACUUACCAUCGAUUAGAUCUCACAAUAAACGUGUAUCUAAACUUAGAAUUUUGAAAACCGCUAUCAGUUAUAUACAGUCUUUACAAGAUUUAUUACAGGUAAUUUUGAAGUUUUUUCCAAAUUAUGAGAGACUUUUGCUUAUCACUGUCUUUUUUAUUCUCCCAGUUUUAGCUUAG